AUGUCUGAACAGACGUCCGCGGAUCUGGCUGGUCUCGAGGAACUGCAGCAGAAGCUGGCCCGCUGCCUAGUGGCUAAUCAGGAGGGUGCCAUAUGCCAGGAAGGAGUGGAGGCCUUCCUGGACCUCUACGAUCAGGCAGGUGGAAGCGGGGCGGAAGCUCGAGCUAGAAUCAAGGAGGACGUGAAGGCCCUGGCUCGAGGUAUUGAAGAUGGCCUGGGUCCCGGGCCCCAGCGCCUGAAUGUGUCUGUCCAGGAGCUGCGCUUUCGCCCGUGCGACGCAGAGUGUGCGGCCCCGUGCCUCCUGACAUUCACACUCGACGACGGCGCCACGCCGCAGCGCAUCCAGCUGAUUGACGCCACGCACGCCGCGCAGCAACGGCAGCAGCAGCAGCAGCAGCAGGAAGGUGGAGGGACUCCGGGCCCGGAGCGCCCGUCUGGCAUCGGCGGCGGCUGUGACGUUGGCGAAGCGGGAUUUGAGGGCGCCCGUGUGGUGGGCGUGUCGCCGCAGCUGCAGCCGGGCGGGGCGCACACGUUUCGGAUCGAAUCUCCAGGUGUGUAUGUGUUUGCCAGCGAGGUCUUCACCUUCAUGACGGGCCGCAUCAGGGCCACCGCAGCGCCGCAGGCGUCGCAGCGCCCUCCGGCCAAGGCCGACGCUGCGGCAGCGGAGGCCGCGGCGGACGGCCGCCCGAACCAGGACGAUCAGGACGACAGGCCCGGGGACGAGGGCGUGCGUGCAGCGCCCGCGGCGCGCGCGCCGCGGCUGAGCGUCGCCAGCGCCGCAUCGCACAGGCUAAGCGAGGACGCCGUGUGCGAGCUGGUAGUGCGGCGCGGCGGGGACGGCGAGCAGCAACAGCAACAGCAGCAGCAGCAGCAGCAGCUAAAGCGAGAGCCGCCGGCGCCAGACGACGACGAUGAGGGGGAGGCGUACAGCAGCGAUUUUGAGUGCGAGGAGGAGGAGGCCAAGGGCGGGGACGAGUGCAGGCAGCGGGUGCAGCAGCGCCCGUUUGUAGGGACAGGGCGGCGCUCCUGCGCCCAGGCCUUCACCCCGCCGUGCCGCAGCAGCUCGGCAGACGAGGACGGCGGCGGCGGUGGCGACGACGACGAUGACUCUGUGUGCGCGCGCGGCAGCAGCGUGGCCGGCAGCGGCAGCUGCGGCGACGCCAGCCCGGCCGGCAGCGACUCGCCGCCGCCUCGCGCGCUCGAGCGGCUCGCGUGCGGGCCCCUCGGCGCCGCCGCGGCGCCGGGCGGCGCCCUGCAGGCGCUUGCCGAUGCCGCGGAGUCGGCGGGGCGCGCGGCGUCGGCGCCAACGCAGCGGUCGUCUUUUGCGCUCGGGCUGGAAGGCAUCACGCUGAGCUUUGACACCGCGCUGCUGCGGGGCGGCGGCGGCGAGCGAGGCUCGGGCGGUGGCUCAGACGCCGGCAGGGCGAGUUCGGGUGGGUCGAGUUUGGAUGAUGGCAGGAGUGGCGAAGAGGAGACCCCGGGCGGCGGCGAUGGCCAUGCGCAGGGUGGUGACGGUGACCCCCGUCUCGACGGGUACACCCGCAUCCCGUCAGACGACGGCGAGUCUGGGGCCGCCUCGCCGGCCGCGGCU